CUGGCUGCGCCCCGGGAAGGCCGCCGGCGCGCGACGGCACCAGCAGCAUGAGCAGCGGCUACAGCAGCCUGGAGGAGGACGCUGAGGACUUCUUCUUCACCGCCAGGACCUCCUUCUUCAGGAGAGCGCCCCAGGGCAAGCCCCGCGCCGGCCAGCAAGAUGUGGAGAAAGAGAAGGAAACUCACAAUUACCUCAGUAAAGAGGAAAUCAAAGAGAAGGUUCACAAGUACAACUUAGCUGUCACAGACAAGUUGAAGAUGACCUUGAAUUCAAAUGGGAUUUACACUGGCUUCAUUAAAGUGCAGAUGGAACUCUGCAAACCUUCACAGGCUUCUCCCAGCCCUGGGAAACUCGCUCCUAGUAGCAAUGGCUGCAUGAACACACUUCAUAUCAGCAGCACAAACACCGUGGGAGAAGUGAUCGAGGCCUUGCUCAAAAAGUUUCUUGUGACAGAGAGCCCAGCCAAAUUUGCACUUUAUAAGCGCUGUCACAAGGAAGACCAAGGCAGCAUGAGGGAGGGCCUGCAGAGUAAAUACAGAGAUACCCAUGUCAGGGUUCCGGUCCUCCAGGGACCACAGGCGGAGCCGCCGGGAGUGAAGGCAUGUGUCACAGGAAAUGUAACCUACAAUGCAGCUGUAUCUGGAAGUACCAGGUGGGAAGCCUUCAGCCUUCCAGAACUGCAGAAUUUCUUGCGCAUCUUAGACAAGGAAGAGGACGAGCAGCUGCAGAACCUAAAGAGACGCUACACAGCGUACAGACACAAGCUGGAGGAAGCUCUCGGCGAGGCGUGGAAGCCUGGUUAACAUGCCAGGCCUCCCUCCGGAAGGAAGGCUCCGCCCAGGACACAUGUACAAAAAAGAGCAGCAAGUGCCUCUCUCCUCAGAGAGCUGGGUCUUUGCCCAUGAUGCUAGAGUCUUCCCUUCUUCUCUCUAGGUGUAGUUCCCCAAACCUGGCCACUCAGCAUCCACUUCUGCAUCUCUGGUUGGGGACUGCGAGCUUGCUUGGUUACAGCAUGGCGAUGUGUGCCUCUUGCGUACAAGCUGUGAACCUGUAGUCACCAGGCAUAUUCUAGAGUGAGGGAAGCAUGAACUCUGGGUUGAGUUUUCCUUAUUUUCCUAUAGCUAUUUUUCAUUCUGUGGUGGUGAUGUUAAGUGUUAAGGGUGUGCAAAUGACUAUUGAAAAGCUUAACAAGGAAUCUCUCAGAAUACUUGUUCGAUGUUGAAACUACCUGUCUGUUCUGUUUGCUAACUAUCAGAGGAGUCUCUUAUGUGAACUGCAAGGCACAGGAAUGUAGGAAAGGGAGGGAGGGUUUGACAAAAGAAAGUAAAGAGCAAGUUUGGAAGAAGGCAUGAGGAGGUAAGGAUGAAUGGAAGUGGUAUGGCUAAAAGUUGGUGGUAGAGGAAGAAAGUGUAUUUGCUUGUAAAUGAGUUAAAAAUGUUCAGAAUUGAGAUGUUAACCCCAUUUUAGGAUUGCUUGAUUUUCUGGUAGGUGAAAUAAGGAGUCACAGCCAAAGAGCUAGGAGCUCAACCCAAAGGAGGGAAGGACCCAUGAACUCUGCAGUUGACUGCAGAGUCAGGUAGGGAUCUGAGACUUUGAGUGGAGGUAGACCUGACAUGAGCUCUUGUAGCUCCACCUUAGAUCCUUGACUCUGCCCUCUUGUAGUGGACGGUCUAAUGGGUAUAGCAUCCGUGUAGGUGGGGCUUGACCAUUUGAUGACUCCUGUCAAGUUAUAUAGAUUUCUCCCCCCUUCCCCAAGGUUGCCUUCAAAGUUGAAAGGGAGCUUGGGUAAGUGCAGCUCUUUCCCCCCUUGUUAGCUACGAGAUUUAUUGAAUCCAGGACUCAGAGCGAACUUGUGUGACAAUCAUUCUCUUCCGUUUUAUUCCAUCUUACCUUUUAUCUGGUCUUCCCUUUUUCUUUUUCCGUCCCUCCUCUCCCUGUCGCUCUCUCUUGUUUCCUCUCCUUUUCUGUUAAAUCUGGAGUCUGUUCUCAUAUGCUGAUUCAAGGCCCAGUACUCCCACAUCCUCAGUUCUAAGGGACUUGACUGAGUAGGAAGCCCCAAGGGAGGAAGAGAGGCCACCUCAGGCAUUUGUUACCGACAUUAUUUUAAUGCAAGUGCAUGUUCUUCCAACCAAAGAAAUGUGUGUGCAAUAGAAGCAAGCCUUCCUUAAAACAGAUACAGUCACCUCCUUUUCUGCAGCUACUUACAAAUCUGAGGAUACAGGGCAAGAUGUGCUAUGGUUUCAGAGGCCUUAUAGGCAGUCUACUUUUAGUCUAGAUUGUUGUUAUUAUUGUUAUUGUUGUUGUUCUUUAUAAAUUCCCAAGGAAUUGUUAACACAUUGGUGACACCUAAUGGAUUCCUUUUGAAAUUCCAAGGUGCUUCAGUUCUUUGCCUCUUACGUGAACUGUGCCUUUUAUUGCAUUAUCUGUUUUACUUCUUGGUGGCUCAGUAGACUCAUCAGAGAAUGCCCAUGCUGUUGGAGACAGGGUCUGGUGUUGGUGGUGCUGGGCCCCAUAAACUACCAAAACAAUCAGAUCUUCCCAAGCUUUUAAGGAAAGUUGGGGGUGGGGUGGGGCUAGAACUAGCUAUAAAAUAUGUAUGGCACAUCUUGUUUAAUUUUGCAUGUGACUUCUUUCUAGUGCAUUGAUGAGGUUUUAGUGACUGUCACCUAACACUGCCUUUAUUAUCAGGGAAUGCCUUCAUGAUUUUUUACUGGUUUUACUAUUCAGCUGAUGGCUUGGGUUCGAGUAUACCAUUGUCAGCCACCUGUUCUUCUAAUUAC